GAAGGCUUAUUUCCUCUGCUUGAGGCGGUUGUUGUACUUAUCUCGUUCAAAGCAAAAUAUAAGUAACUUGGAUCCAAGUAAACUUUUAUACUUUCAACUUGUAUCUCGAGUGCAUCUCGUGCCCGCUCGCUAUAAACGCCUUGUUGGUUCAUUUAGGCAUCAUCUGAUUCCAUUAUCAUCUGAUGAGUCUCAGCCUAAGAGUGCUUUCACGUUUCAAGAAGCCUUCUCCAAAUCCAUCAUGGCUGCAGUCAUGGAACACAACCCACCACCUCCAUUCAACUCUCACAGCCCAAUGCCGGACAUCAAAGACGCAAUAAAGGCAGCCUUUCCAAGGAUAGCAGAGUUGUUAAACCUGCUAGAACAAACAAAACAUAUUCGCACUGAUCUUGCUCUACAACAAAAGAUCGUUUCAGACCUUGAGUCGCAAUUAUCAGAAUCCAACCGAGAACUCAAUGGAUUAGAUCGCAAGCGUUUAGCCGACCUUGAGUCGCAUAAGAAAUAUCGCGAUGGCCAUGUAAUGAAGUUUCUUUACAAAGCCAGCGGUAAAGAGAACUCAUUUACAGGUCAGGCUGAGAGGGAGGAGCAAAAUUACCACAACACACUUCAACGGGCGCAUCUGGCAUCGGAGCACAAUUCGAGUGUCAAGGCUAAACUGGAUGAAGAACUUCGGAAAAAGAAUGACCUCGACCAGAGCAUGCAGGGUUACCUUGAUCUUCAGAAGCAGCUUGACGAUAUCUACGAUGAUAUCUUUUCAGGUCCAACGCCAGAUUUCCCUGAAGAGGACGCAAAGGAGCAGCAGAGCACUAAUGCGCUAUCUGCUUAUGUCGCUACAAAGACAGCCUUGGAGCUACAUCAAAAAGCGCUAGAUCUGCUCGAGCAAGCGACAACGACAAUGACAGCUGGACUGCAACAGGUCGAUAAGGCUCUACAAUCCGGAGACAUGAAUCAUCUCCGAGCUCUGAACAAGGGCAGAGAGCUUGUUCAACAGAGCAAGAUAACGGUUGAUCAGCUAGUACAGCUUGGUGCGGAUGUGAUUGAGCUGCCACCCGAGGCCAAUCCCCGCACUAUGGAGGUCACAUCUAACCUGGGCGAUGUCUGGGGAAAGGUAGAUAUUACAGGUGGAAGACAGGAGGUAGCGCGAUGCACAACUGCUUUGAACAGCUGCUUAAGUCAGGCCAGAGAGAGGAAGCAUUACUUGAGUAAAGAGCUCGAGAGGAAGGGCGAAGAGAUGGAUCAAACCCGGGCGGAGUUACAGGCGAUCAGAAAGGGUAUUUUCGAGGAGGUCAUGGGUGAUGAUUUGGUCAAAGGGUCAUAGACUGGCGUUGCAUUCGGGAUAGACACAGCGAAGAUUUGAUUCGACUGGGGUCUCGAUUGAUAGAGGGUCUUCAACCCACAGUUAGAAAGCAUUGUUUAACAUCCACAAAGUUGAGGUUGUC